AUGUACUUCCCUCUAGGCGCUUCUCGUCCGAUCCUUGGUCUGUCUGCCGUUGCUCGUGCCCUCACCACGACGAUUUCGCGCCGCGUGCGCGCGCGUCUGUCCCUCGGUCGUUGCGCACAUUCCUCGUCGUUUUUGUCGUUCAUCGCACUAGCCGUCGGACUCUUGCGUUCCCCGCUCUUUCCUCCUCCCGCUAUGCUCCUCGCGCGCCGACUUCCCUCUCCGCCCUCCUCCCUGCGCCUCCCCUUCCUUGCGCGCCUCGCUCCCUUCCUCUUGCUCCUGCUACUCGCCGUCCCGCAUCUCCCGCCGUCUCUCGCGCAGAGCGAGUCCCCGUUGUCCGGCCAGGGGCUCGCGCCGUACCCGACGCUGCUGACGCCUCCGGGUCGCAAUGGGCAGGGGGACCGCCGCGCGCUGCAGAUGGGGGACGGGGGGACGUGCGCGAGCGCGGGGGGAGGGGAGCCCGCGGUGCGCGCGGCGUACACGCCGGUGUUUGUGUCGGUGGUGCUGAACAAGCUGCUUGAUGUGAGACACAUCGCGCGCGCACCGCUGCGCCGCGCCCUCCUCCAUCUCCGCGUCCUCUCCCCGCGUCUACCAACCCCUCGGACCCCUCUCCUCCCCUUCCCUCUUCCCCCCCCUUCCCUCUUCCCCCCCCCUUGUCCCCCCCGCUCCCCCCGCUCCCUCCGGUCUCCCCGCCCGCCCCGCGCGCAGGUGGACGACGAGCGGUACCAGUUCGAGGCGAUCAUCCACCUGCGCAUGUCGUGGCACGACCCGCGCGCGCCGCUCGCCAUCCGCCAGCGCACCGCGGAGACCUUCCUGGCGGGGAACCCGUCCGCGUGCGCGCGCGUGUGCGCCAAGGGCCGCUCCCUGUGCUGCGACUCGGUGUGGCUGCCGGGCGUGAUGGGCGGCAACCUGUUAUCGCUGGAGGACGAGCGCACGGAGUGGGAGGCCAUUGCGCUGCAGCCCGGGAACCACUCCAAUGUGCGGUGGGGGCGCCGCCUGCGCGCCACCUUCCACGCCGCGCUGCGCUUCCACCGCUACCCCUUCGACACGCAGCAGCUGGUGGUGGAGCUAUGGGCGGAGAGCUGCUGCUACUCCUUCGUGCCCAGCGCCGCCGCCAUCCGACGCCCGCGCUCCUUGCUGCCCUCCGCCCGCGGCCCAUCGCAUCUCCACGACAACGCCUCUUCCGCGGUCACCACUGGCAGCAGCAGCAGCAGCAGCAGCAGCGGCGGCAGCAGCGGCAGCAGCGGCAGCACGGGGCGGCAGAGUGAGCAGAGCGGGGCGGACGGCGGAAGCAGGAGUCCAAUGCGGCGGGGGCGGGUGAGGAGGGAUGACGGCAGCGGGCCGGACGACCUGUCGGGGUGGCAGGUGGAGAGCGUGUACGUGCAGGCCCAAGCAACACACGUGGGGCGCAUGAUGCAGUGGGUGGAGGAGCCCCAUGCGGACGAGGUCUUCAGCGUGCGCUCCGAAGAGCUUGCCGGGGCCACGCUGGGUGGGGGUGGCACUCCUUGCGGCACCAUGCUGUGGGAGGGCGAGGAGGGCGGGGAGGACGUGGGCGGGAAGGAGGAGGAGGGGGAAGAGGCGGCGGGGGAGUGUGGGAGCGGGAGGGCGGAGAGCAGCGAGUGGAGGGCGUGGCAGGAGCGGGAGCAGCAACUGGCAGCGGCAUCACUCAACUCAACGCUGCUGAUCGUGAUCCGCGUGCAGCGCAUCUGGCACUACUACCUCUUCCUCUUCCUCCUCCCCACCUUCCUCGCCGUGGCCCUCUCCUGGACCUCCUUCUGCAUGUCGCCGGAGCACCUCGAGCUGCGAGUGGGCACGGGCGUGACUCUCUUCCUCGCACUCACAUCGCACCAGUUUGUGAUAUUUGACACGCUGCCGCACUCCAGCUACGUGACCAUCAUGGGGUGGUUCAUCAUCUGGUCGUACGCGCUCAUUGUCUUCGCCGUAUUGCAGUCGCUGCUCGUGAACUACGUGUACUGCAUUGGGGAAACGGCAGCGCGCGAGCACAAUGAGUCGGUGGCAGCGCGGGCUACAAGGCGCCUCCUCAUGGGGUCGGCGGCAGGAGCGGUGGGGAGGGCGGUGUCGGGGGGAAUCAGGGAUGCGGCUGCGAGUGGGAGCGGGGCUGUGAGUGCGAGUGGGAGUGGGAGUGGGAGUGGGGGUGGGAGUGGGAGUGGGAGUGCGAGUGGGGGUGGGAGUGGGAAUGCGGGGAGGAGUUACGGCGUGGUGCGGCUGUCCUCUGCAGGUCGCUGGCCCAGCCUGUCCCCGCAGGCGCUCUCCCUGCUCUGGCGCCCCUCCGCCUCCGUUGUUGCUGCUGCUGCUGAGCCGCUGCUGGCACAGGAGGGACCUGCAGGUGGUGGGGAGGGUGGGGGGAGGCACGGGGAAAGCAGCAGGGAUGCUGCUGGGAUGCGGGGGAGGAAAGGUGUUGAGGAAGGGAAGGAAGGGGGAGGGAAGGAGUUAAACGAGGGGAAGGGAGAGAGUGAAGGGAGUGUGGUGAGGGAUGCAGGCAGGAGUGAGAGCAAGCCCCCACAGCACACCGCCAGUAGUGGAGUGCGGGCAGGUGAGCGUGGGAACAGUGACAAGCCAUGUGCACCAGUGAUCCGGCCUUGUGGGGGUCUGAGAGAGCAGGAGAGUGAGGGGGAAGGUGUGUCACAGCAGCCAAGCGAGCAGGAGGGCGAGUCGGAGAUGGGAGCAGAGAGGAGCAAUCGAGGGGGUGGGUUGUUCCGUGAGAGUGAGUCGUUUGCGGGGCUGUCCCAUCUGUCGAAGCGCAUUCAAGAGACGGUGGCGCAUGCGGGGCAUCUCAAGGGCAUGGUGGAGCAGGACCCCCACCGUGCCAAGAUAUUCAUCUCUCGCCUCGAUGGCCUCUGCCUUGUCGCCAUGCCCCUGCUCUAUGUGGGCGGGCUGCUUUGGAUCUACAUGACAACACCAGUCACCGUAUCCGCGUCGGUGGUUCCACGUGUGACCAACAGCCAUGCCUCAUCUUCAUCGUCGCAGCCGUCUCGCUCGACUCCCCCAAACACGCCCUUCGUUCCGAAUUCUAAUUCUCCUCGCGCUCCUCUGGCACCGUCUCUUAAGGCUACCGUGACAGAUUGCCCGCCGACCGACACCAAGUCUUCGAACAUCACCCGCCAAGGAGACAGGGCGAAUGGUUCACCUGCGGAUAAUUCGUCUCCGUCAGCUAAUCUCCAAACUGAUCCUCUGCCGGCCCUGUCUCUGGCGACAGCGGCACCUAUUCUGAAGUACUCUCCUGAGGGCAAGCUGGUGGUGGGCGUGGGAACCAUGUCGGAGGCCGAUUGGGCUGCCGCCUUCGGCAUCAACUCGGGCCAUCUGAUUCCCGUCACCGUCCCUCGCUCCGCGCAGCUGCUGCUUCCGUCGCCUGCCUCCAAUUCUCGUCCCGCGCUGCCUCCUGCCGUGUCGAGCUCGCAAGACCCAGCUCCACGCUUUGCCGCGAUUGUAGGACAGGCGGAAUUGAAUGGCUCGCUGGCCGCACCUCCUCAAAGCGAGAGCUUGGAGAGGGACGGUGCUGCGGCGGUGAUGGAAGAGGAUGUGUGGCUGCAGAUUCGUGCCGAGGCACGUGCGGCUGCGGAGGAAGAGCCAGCUCUAGCGAGCUACCUGUACUCCACCGUGCUCACUCACAGAUCGCUGGAACCAGCGCUUGCUGCGCACAUUGCCAACAAGCUCUCGUCGCCCACCUUGCUCGCGUCGCACCUGUUCGAGCUCUUCAGGGAGACGUUUCUUGAAGACCGCAGCAUUCAAGUCGCCAUCCGGGCUGAUCUGAUGGCGGUGCGGCAGAAGGAUCCAGCAUGCGACGGCUUCCUCCUUUGCUUUCUGAACUACAAGGGAUUCGCUGCUCUGCAGACUUACCGCGCGGCGCACAGGUUGUGGCAGCAGGGUCGAUACAGUAUGGCCAUGGCGCUUCAGAACCGCAUGUCGGAGGUGUUUCAGGUGGAUAUCCACCCCGCCGCGCAGAUAGGCAAAGGGGUAAUGCUGGAUCACGCAACGGGAGUGGUAAUUGGCGAGACCGCUGUUGUCGGAGACGAAGUGUCCAUGCUGCACAAUGUCACGCUUGGCGGUACUGGCGCCAUUGCUGGUAUUCGCCACCCACGCGUGGGCAGGGGUUCAGUCAUUGGUGCAGGGGCCCGGAUUCUCGGUCCUGUGACUCUGGGCGAACGGGUGAGGGUGGGAGCGGGUAGCCUGGUGUUGACAGACGUGGAGGCAGAAGCCACUGUGGUGGGCAACCCUGCGAAGAUAGUGAGGAGGAAAGGUGAUGGGAAAGGGAAUGGAGGAGAUGAGUUUGUGCUGGACUACGUCAUCUAA